CGGCAAUGGACAUUUUAGGAUGUAGUCUGUAAACCUUAAAGAAGAAGAAACCCAUAGACGACAGUCUCAAGAUAAAUGUUUCUUCAAAAUGUCGAAACCACAGUUGUUGACUGUGUUUAUAGCCAAGCGAUUAAUAUCGGCAGCCGUGAACAUAUUUGGGAUCGAGGAAAGGAGGAUAGCUCAGUACCAGGAGCCACUAGCAGCAGUGACUGUUGAGAUAAUGGCGGCGGUGGAAACGACGAUAGAACAAGAGCUCUCCAGUUCAAAGCAGGAGAUUGAACGUCUACGGAGGCUUCUUCUGGAGUUGGGAGCAGACCCCCAGCAGCUAACUGUCCCUGAAGAGGAGGUUCCCCCUGAGCAGCAGCACUGUGAGCAGGAGUGGAGCCCCAGUCUGGGGCAGCAGGACACAGAGCCCUCACAGAUUAAAGAGGAACAGGAGGAACUCGGGACGAGUCAGGAGGAACUCGGGACGAGUCGGGAGGAAGAGCAGCUUCACAGACUUGAGUCUGAUUCCACAGAUGUUGUAGAGUUCAUAUUUACUGCUCCUCCCUGUGUGGAAAAGUACUCUGAUCAGGACAGAGAGAGAGAGAGGGACUCUCUACCCACCAACACAACUGAACAGAUCCAAACAGAACCUAAUGGAGAGGACUACAGAGUAUCAGAACCAACCAGUGACUCUCUGCUCCUCUCUGCAGUAAAUCCAGACUGUUCGGCAGCUCACAGUGAAAUCAUUGUAAGUGUGGAUGAGGAUGAGAGCGAGGAGCCUGUGUCAAAGACCCUCAAAUCAAGGAGGGCACAGGCAGAGACAGGACAAAGCUCUCAAGUCCGCACUGAGGCCAAGAAAACCAGUGAGCUGAAAGAACCGUUGAAGUCUCACACAAACAGGAAGCCGUUCAAAUGUCCUGUGUGCGGUAAACGCUAUAAGACACGAGGCGGUUUAAAAACGCAUCAGAGAAUUCACUCAACUGAAAGUAAUCAUCACUGCAAGAAAUGUGGCCAAUCGUUUAACUUGUUGCGACAAUGGAAGAAACAUAUGAAGAAUCACACAGAGGAGGAAUCGCCUACGUGCCACGUGUGCAGUAAACCUUUUAAACUGCCAAACCAUCUGAAAACUCAUAUGAGAUGCCACAGCGUAGAGAAAUCCAGUCAGUGUCCGACAUGUGGAAAACACUUUAAAUCAGCGAAAGAGCUAGAGAUUCACCAGAGAAUUCACACGGGAGAGAAACCGUUUCAGUGUCCGACAUGUGAAAAACACUUUAAAUCAGGGAAAGGCCUAAAGAAACAUCAGAGAAUUCACACUGAAGAUCAACGAUACCAGUGUCCGACAUGUGAAAAACACUUUAAAUCAGGGAAAGACCUAAAGAAACAUCAGAGAAUUCACACUGAAGAUCAACGAUACCAGUGUCCGACAUGUGAAAAACACUUUAAAUCAGGGAAAGACCUAAAGAAACAUCAGAGAAUUCACACUGAAGAUCAACGAUACCAGUGUCCAACAUGUGGAAAACACUUUAAAUCAAAGUACAACCUUAAACAACACAAGAAAAUUCACACCGACGAGAAAUCGUAUCGCUGCAAUGAUUGUGUCAAGUGCUACAGGACAAAGACGGGCUUAGAAGAGCACGUGAGGACUCACACAGGGGAGAAACCUUUUAAGUGUUCCGUGUGUGAAAAGUGCUUUACUUCAACAACCAUUCUAAAACGCCACGAGAGAACUCACAGUGGAGAGAAACCGCACGGCUGCACACAAUGCAACAAACGCUUCCCUGUCAAGUCAGAACUGGUUAAACACAUGAGAACGCACACAGGGGAGAAACCUUUUAGCUGUAGCGAAUGUGACAGAUGUUUCAGUCAUAACAUUAGCCUGAGACUGCACAUGAGAACUCACACAGGGGUGAAACCGUACAGCUGCGAAGAAUGUGGCAAAUGUUUUUCUGUUAACAGUAACCUGAGAAUGCACAUGAAAAUUCACACAGGAGAGAAAUCGUUUUGUUGCCAGGAAUGCGGUAAAUGUUUCCGUCAUAAAAUUAGCCUGAGACUGCAUAUGAUGACUCACAGUGGUGGAGAGAAUCUUCACGGAUGUACUCAAUGCAACAAACGUUUCCCCAUCAAAUCUCUCCUGGUUAAACACAUGAUGACGCACACAGGGGAGAAAUCUAAUAGCUGCAAAGAAUGUAGCAAAUGUUUCAGUCAUAACAUUAGCCUGAGACUGCACAUGAGAAUGCACACAGGGGAGAAAUCAUAUACCUGCAAAGCGUGUGGCAAAUGUUUCCAAAACAAGACGGUUCUGACGAGGCAUAUGAGAACUCACAAAGGAGAGAAUCCAUAUAAGUGUCCUCUUUGUGUCAGUUCCCUUAUGCCGUCAAAUGAACUAAAACAUCUUUACUUGGGAGAGAAACCAGAGACCGACCAAUCAGAGAAUCCAUCGUGCCUCUGCAGCGAUUGUGGCAAACGCUUCCCAACGACGAAAACCCUGAGAGACCACAUGAGGACCACACAUGAAGAAAGAAGGCAUCCGUGCUCUGUUUGUGGAGAUUUCUUUAUGUCGUUGGGUUCUCUUAAAGUUCACCAGAAAAUACACACUGGAGAGAAACCCCACCAGUGUUCUGUUUGUGGGAAAUAUUUUGCAUUGUAGUGAUGGGAAGUUUGGCUCUUUUUACAGACUCUGAUCUUUGACUCAUUUAAAUAAAUAAAUAAACUCCUC